AUGCCUCGAAUCAAUGUCAGGAGGAGGUUUUCUGAGUUGGGACGCAGCAGACACACACUGAGACCUGGUCCAGGGUCUGUGGGGGACUGGACCAAAACCCCUGGAGUCCACACUGGUUCUCAGAGCCAGGUCCUCAGACUGUGGUCUCAGAGCCAGGUCCUCAGAGCCCGGUCCUCAGACUGUGGUCUCAGAGCCCGGUCCUCAGACUGUGGUCUCAGAGCCCGGUCCUCAGACUGUGGUCUCGGAGCCCGGUCCUCGGAGCCCGGUCCUCGGAGCCCGGUCCUCGGAGCCCGGUCCUCGGAGCCCGGUCCUCGGAGCCCGGUCCUCGGAGCCCGGUCCUCGGAGCCCGGUCCUCGGAGCCCGGUCCUGCCUCGGACUGUACCAUGA